AUAAUAAACUUUCCAUUUAUUUUCACUAAACAAAAUGAAUUCGAUCGUGCUUGGAAUACUUGUUUUUUCUCUCCCAACAUUGUUUUCUUUCCGAUGGGGGAACAGAUGUAUAAUACAUCCGAAAGGAUUUAUACCUGAUGGAGAACAUCGUGAAUACCAAGCCCCCGAUAACUGUACAAAGGGUGCCAUAUACUGGAAAUAUCCAAAGGAGUAUAUCAUUGUAAAUUUUAAAAUAGAAAGCCCUGGUAACUUCUCCGUUUGCCUAAGUGAGAGCAUUGGAGGCAACAUGUUCAGUUUUUAUGAAAUCACAGGAGAUACGCGACAUAGUAUUCCAAAAGGCACAUGGCCAUGCAUAAAUUCUCAGUUUGGGAAUGCUUCUAUUGAGAUUCAUGCUCCAGAAAUGCUUCCUUAUGUGGGAGCUCUUAAGUAUUAUAUUCAAAUUUAGAAUACUUGUUUUAUAAAAAAUUGUAAACCUUAUGUGAUCCUUUACUGAAAUGUGGUAAAGUGCAUUGUAUUUGAAGAGAUGCACUUUAAUUUUGGAAUGCUUAAUUUUUUUGUUUGCACUGGUAAGAAUUGAUUAGGUUUCAAAAGAAGACUUUUCUUUCCAGAAUAACACUAUUUAGAGAUAACAAAUCCAUAAGACACACUUGCUAUUUUAUAUUUUGUGCUUUGCUUCGUUUGAUCAUUUUUUGGUUUUAUUUAGAAUGAUCUUAAGACGUUAAAAAGAUUUUUUGCAAUAUACAAGAAAAAAUUAUAUAGAAAACACACAAUGACAAGUAAUUCGAGAAAAUAGUGAAGUCCAAUGAAACUUUUAGUAUGUUUAAUAAUGAAAAACAUUUAUUCAAAAUAAAGAAUACAAUACAAUUUA